AUGAAGACACAUACUAUAUUGUCGGUUUUCAUCUUAUUGCUAUGCACUGAAGCCGCCAUUGUGCACGGUGCUGAUAAGGGGAACGGCAACAGCGACGUUGAGUCUGGUAAUUCUAAGGGGAAGCGCAACGGAAAUGACAAUGGCAAUGGCAAAAAGAAGAAGAAAGGCGAUGAUGAAAAUUAUGACAACUUGUCACCGUCGAAGUAUGGGCAAGAACGAGCCUACUGCAAAGGGAAAAGUGCUUGUUACAAGAAGACACUUGUUUGCCCAUCUGAAUGCCCUCAAAGGAAACCUAAGAAUAACAAGAAGCAAAAGGCUUGUCAUAUUAACUGUGGCAGCAAAUGUGAAGCCACUUGCAAGUGGAGGAAACCAAAAUGUGAUGGCUACGGUUCUCUUUGCUACGACCCUCGUUUCGUUGGUGGUGAUGGAGUUAUGUUCUACUUCCAUGGAGCAAAAGAUGGGAACUUCGCCAUUGUCUCAGACGAUAAGCUUCAAAUCAAUGCUCAUUUCAUCGGCACCCGACCACUAGGAAGGACUCGUGAUUUCACAUGGGUGCAAGCCUUGGCCGUCAUGUUCGACACCCACACUCUCGUCAUUUCAGCAAAUAGAGUCUCGCACUGGGACGACGACGUCGACGCUAUCACCGUCCAGUUCGACGGCGAGACCGUCAAUGUCCCGUAUGACGGAGAAGCAGAAUGGAACAACGGCGACGCAUUGGUCGAAAGAACCGACGACAAAAACAGCAUCCAAGUCAAGAUAUCCGGAUUGGUGGAGAUGCACAUAAGGGUGAGACCAAUCGGGAAAGAAGAAAACAGGGUUCACAAGUAUAAAAUACCAGAAGACGAUGCGUUUGCUCACUUGGAAACGCAGUUCAAAUUCGAAAACUUGAGCGACGAAGUUGAAGGAGUGUUGGGAAAAACGUACCGCCCAGGGUACGUUAGCCCGGUGAAGAGAGGAGUGCCGAUGCCGAUGAUGGGCGGGGAAGAUAAGUACCAAACCCCAUAUCUGUUCUCGACUUUCUGCAAUGCUUGCACGUUCAAGAGGCCAUCUGGAUCACUUGCCACUAUCUGAUUUGGGCUUCAUUUUCUUCAUCUUCAUGCUGCUAAUGAUCAACACGAAGACUAAACUUGUUGUCUGCGGUGAACCAAUUUGUUUCAAUUAUCAUGUUUUGCAUGUUUUUACAUUUUAUACUUCUGAUAUUGUAAAAGAAUAAGGGCCAUAU